GAAUUCUUUUAUUUCUUUCACACAUGAACGUCUCACUUUCCAUGUCACCAAGAGUAAAAUAAAAAAAGAAAAGAACAAAAAAUAACCAAAUUAAUUAAAAAAUAUUAAAAAAACAAAAGAGAACGUAAAUGGAGAAAUCAACUCCCUUUUAAUUUCCUAACAACCAAUUUUACUAGAUUAGUAUUAAAAUCUAUUAAAAAUAGAAUUAAAAAGUAAAAUAAAUAAAUAAAUAAGAAAAACCCUUCCCCUGCGCCUCUCCGUCCUACCUUUUCCUUCCGCCUCCCCCUCCCCAUCAGAUAUCUCUCUGCUCUCUUUCCUCUCUCUAUCCCUCUCCCUCUGCACUCUAUCUCUCCCUUUCUGAAAGCUUUAGUAGGUAUCUGGAGACGUUCUUUUCUUUCUCUUUAGGGGAACUAAGAGGCCAUUUUGAGUUCAUAUGACACCCAUUAGAGAUAAGUGGAGAUAUAUCCUGCUUAGGAGCUCGAACGGCUGUAAAUUUAUAACAGCUUUGAAGAGUUGUUCAUCUUUUUGGUUUCUGAGAAACUAAAAUAAAAAUGAACCCAAGAGUCGUAUCAGCUCAGACCUUGGGUGAUGGCUGCAGUCCUACUAGGGAUGCCAGGACCAUGGGCCGAUGAUUAUCGUGAACAAUCUGAUCAUUAUACAACAAAAAUUGGUGGACUACCUGACUGGCCUCUUCCUGAGAAAUCCGUGACACCUGAUCUGCUUGAGUGUAGUGCAUGCGGAAGUAAACUAAGUCUUGUUGCUCAGGUUUAUGCCCCAAUUUCAAGUAAAAACUUAAAGAUUGAAGAGCGUGUUCUUUUUGUUUUUGGUUGUCUAAUGCCAAAAUGUGGGAGCACUCCUCUUAGCUGGCGAGCUCUUCGUGUCCAAAAAUUACACAAUAAGGACGAACCAAUUGCUGCUUCUCAGGAGGUGGUCCCUUCAACUUCAUCAGUAUCAGCUUUAAACACCAGCUGGUGGGAGGAUUGGGAUGAUGAAGAUGUAGAUCUGGAGGAGUUGGGUAAAGCACUUAAUGCCGCUGCGAGCUUGGCUUCUCAUGCCAAGAAACCGCAUAGGAAGGAUAAUCGUAAGACUUCUACAAUGCAAUCACCUUCAAGUCAGUUGGAAAAAGUGGUAGACAUUAACAAACCUGUGGUGCCUUGUUUUUAUAUAUACACUCAAGAAGAGCCAUCCUCAAAGAAUCUUACUUCUUUAUGUUCAAAAUACUCAUCACUUUCCAUUGCAAAAGAAGGAAAUAAUGAUGAGGAUCAUGUACAAGAUGAAACGUGGGCAGAGGAAGCAUAUGAAUAUGAUAAAGCUUUGACUGCUGACAGGACAUACCUUAAGUUCAAGAAACGGUUGGAUGCAUAUCCAGAACAAUGUUUCAGAUAUUCAUAUGGUGGAAAGCCACUCCUGGCUUCAUCAACUGAAGGAGACCCUGGGAAAUGCAGGCUGUGUGGUGGAUCAAGGCAGUAUGAAAUGCAGCUAAUGCCCCCGGUAUUAUACUUUGUACAAGAAGCAGCUGAUGAUUAUCAAAGACCGUCAUUGGAGAACUGGAAUUGGAUGACACUUAUGGUAUAUACUUGUUCCAAGAGCUGUUCUCAACAUAAUGAAGGAAAGUCCAGCAAGGGGAACUGGCUUGUGACAGAGGAAGCUGUUGUGGUGCAAGUAGAGAAAUCUUUUCAUGGGUUAGCCGAACGUGGCUAUUUGUCAUAAUUGGUGUAGUUUCUUCUAGGAAAGAAGGAAAGAACAGUACAUUCUCUAUGCCAGUGAAACAUUGUAGCUCUUCAAAGUUAGUAUACAUAUAACAGGGCGUAAGAGGCUUUGUUUCCUGGUAAUUGAUGAUGGUUUCUCAGUAGAAUUGACACAGUACGAGUUCUGGUUGUGGUAAUGUUUGAAGAAUUUAAAUUGCAUCACCAGUUAUGCUGAAAGGAAAAAUCAUUGUCCAUUGGAAAGGUCUUGAGACUCUUGUGGUGUAUAUGGUUUGUUGGGAAACAGUUAACCCUUGUCGUUUGAGUGCAUGAUGCAUUUACAGGGUUGAGAUUGAGUUUUGUUGUCACA